GAUUUUAUGACUGCUCAUUGUUUUGAUAAACUGGGGAAGACAUAAAAAGCCGACAUUGUCAACAAAAAAAAAUUGAGGAUACAUUUUACUGCUGCAUAGUACAAGGCGUUAUGGCCUCUUCUUCAGACUCUACAGUAGCUGCAGCGAAUAUUGAUGCAAAAAGCGAAAAGAACACAAAUCUUACAGUCUCGGGGAAAACGUCUGCCAACAACACCAAAAUGACUAUAGCAACUAUACAAAAGGCCUAUCACGACAUACUCAAAGAUCCCACAAGUCUGGAUGAGGCUGCACACUAUUUAUAUCAAUCGUUACUGGACGAUGCUGUUGUAGGUGUUUUUCUAGAAAUACAUCAUUUGCAUAAGACUGGUAAUUUAGAAGCACUCGAUGGUGUACCCGAAGAAGGCACAGACGCUUCCUAUCGCAUUGUAGAUAUGCCAAAUUAUGAUAUUUUUGGCAUUUCAUCAGUGAAAAAACUAAUGGAUUGCACUUGCCCCAACUGUGAUAGGCCCGUGUCGGCGUCACGUUUUGCACCACAUUUGGAAAAGUGUAUGGGUAUGGGACGUAAUUCGUCACGUAUUGCUAGCCGUCGUUUAGCUACCAAGGAAGGUACGAGCGCAAGUUCGUCAUCAUCUUCAUCGUAUCUGCAAACAACAGUCGGCACGGAUGAUGAAGAUGACAUUGACUGGUCAUCGGAGAAACGACGAAAGAAGACUAAUCAAAGUAAUCGUAAUAACGGUUCAAAAAAGAAUAAUGGCAAAUCAUUCUAGAUACGAUGUGAAUAAUAUGUAAACGUAUACAAAAUAAUAAUUUAAUUUCUACUACGUGCUAAGUGCAGCAAAUUAUAUUGGCAUUUGUAUAUAUGUACAUGGUAUAUGCAAGAAAUAUAAUUUUCAUAUAUUGAUAGUGGUUAUGUGUGGCAUGUCCUCUGCAUGUGCAUAUACAAUAUCAAGUCUGUGCUAAAAGAUUCCAUUUAUAGUGUAAACUACAUGUUUUUUUCUCAACAAAUGCUUUGUAUACAUUCUACUAACUUAUUCAAACUAUUUAAUAAAAUAUGAGUAACGGAACUGCCGGUUAACAAAAUGAAA